AUGUCCCAGCAGGUGGUCCAGGUUCAGCCAGAGAGCAGAUUACAGGAGGCAGGACAGUGGAGCACUGGUCUGUGUGAAUGCUACAAAGACAUAGGAGACUGCUGUUUUGCCCUGUGCUGCCUCCCAGUGUUCACCUGUAAGGUGACCAGUGCAGUGGGUGCGUGUCCCUGCCUGCCUCUGCUGGACUGCAUUGGUUGUGUCCCUCCAGCCUCUUUGGCCAUGAGGGCUUCAGUGAGGCAGCGAUAUGGCAUCCAGGGGAGUGUGUGGAGCGACUGCCUGUACGGAUGCUGCUGCUAUCCGCUAUCUUGGCUCCAGAUCUCCAGAGAGCUGAAGAGAAGAGCAGCAUCCCACGCCUCCUCCUCCUCCUCAGCCAGAUACAGCGCUCUGACCUCCCUGCAGGGGGCGCACUUGGUCUAGACACGUCCAGGGACUUGGGCUUUCUCAUGCAGCCAGUCCUCCAGAGUACAGGAGUUGAUUUAAUCACACUUCCUCCGGUCUGCAGCCACUCCCAGUUACCUCAGAGAAUUGAACGGGGACACAAUGCGUCCCGAAGAGAGGAAAGAUCCGUUUGUGCCGAGAUUAAGAGAAAGAACUGUGAUAAAAAAAAAAAAAGUUCUUCAAGUUGCAUAAUGAAAUUCAAAGCACUCUGUCACCAGGGAGAUCUUCCACUCCAUUUAUUUAGAUUUACAUAUAUUUUGUUUUCUCACUACAGGCAAACAGGCCUGAUGAAUGUAUGGCCCUGCUGGGACACAGAGCUGGUCUGAGAUCCGGCAACUUCCAGGUUCUGCUGUAAAGUCUGGAGAGGGAACAUUUUAUUCCGUUUUAUCUCAACGUGACAA